AUGUUGAACCCCAUCGUCAUACACUUUGUUCCAUCGGAGCUGAUCACCGCUUUCAUCGUCGCAUGUACGAUCGUCACUGGCGCAAAAUCAUCGCUCCAAUGGCUUUUCUCUGGUCUGCCCCCUGCUGUCCGAAGACAUCUCUUGACUCCAACUCUGAACGCGUCUCCCAUGGCCCCGCCACCCUCGCCACCCGUGGAUUGGACCCCGCAACCAACAGUCACCGUCUACAAGGUCCAGUAUAUCGAGUCAUUGCCUAUCACCUCGAAUCCGUACAACACGUUCCCGUUCUCUGCUACGUCUUCCUCUCCUUUUGACCAGUGGAAUACCCCUUCCUGGGCUUCUCCCUCCGAUUCGCCGUACGGUUGGGAUCCGAUGGUUGCAAGAUAUGCGGUUUUAUUGUGCACUGUGGCCAUGGUAUUCUUCAUGCUCAUCGCUGGAGCCUUCACCGUUUACCAUGUCGCUGCGAAGGUAAUUGUGGGAGGCCGUAUUAUCAGGAGUGAACUUGUCGAGCAGGAAAGGCUACAAAAGACAUAUACGUCGACUUCAGUCGGAUCUGACGGUCUCACCGAGAUGCCUGCCGCAGUGUACAAUGACAAUGCAACGCAGAUACCUUUCAAUUGGAAGGUCUCCGAGGGAAACCUAAUCCCGCAUACGGAUUCGUCACGGGAGCGCGGCCUGACGGCACGGACUGAGCGCAAAGACGGAUGUAGAGCUCGUGCUGAAACGAAAUCUCAUACGAAAGGAAAGGAUAGCAUCCUGACAAGACAGCAAAUCGUUGGGCAACCAGAUCUGAGUCGUAAAAAACCUACGUCUCGCCCGGGCCCAAAACCGCGUCGGUUACUAGUUCAGGUCAGGUCGGAGGGCUCUGUCAAGAAAGAGACGGAACCGUCGCAUGCCCUACAAGCUCUGCCUUCCGCCUCUCACGUCCAGGUCCCUCCCCCAGUUACUGCUGUUUCUUCGACGAACACAAAUGGCCAGGAAAACACGGAUUUCAUCUCUGCCCCUUCCGAGUCUAUGCUUGCAGAAGUCCUCGAUGACAACGGUGCCAGUGAAAAUCGAGCGACCACAGUUGACCACAAAGCGGAGAAAGAACGGCCAACCACCCCUGCCUCGUCGAACGAAACUACCGAAUCUGUGAACCUUGUCAACGCCGACGCCUGUGCCAAUGGCGCCAACGCGAUCGACGGUCUUAAGGACGUGGGCGUUCUCUCGAGGGAUCAUGAGCUACCUUCCCCGGCCAAUGUCUCGCACGUCGCUUCGAAGGCAGAACAAUUGGACACUGUUGACCCCAGUUUCAGUCAAGAUGAUCGCGCGCCUUCGUCUUCAAGGCUUCCCGACGCUAAGGCUCAGGAGACUUUGGCAAUCCACCCUUCCGUCCCUGAAGGGAAAGCGGUGGUAUCGGAAAUCGCUUCGGAAACCAGCAUCAGGACGGGCGCGGGCUCCUCACGCGAUGAUUCCGAUGUGCCGACAACGGUCAAUGGAAGAGAGAAAAAGCAUGAUACGACUACGGUGAUACUACCGACGGAGCCCAUCUCUCUUGAACCAUCUACGUCUCACCUUGAACCCUCUGACGACGGUGCGAAUACUGUUCACGUCAAUGCGGGAGACGCGCCGGAGACCUCCGUGCCUUUGACUAGAAGCGAAGAGCAAGAGAAGACCGUUGAUUAUCCAGCGCCCGUUACCUCUUCUACAAGUGUCUCUGACCCGAAACCAGGCCCAGAUGAUCAACCGUCCGGCUCUCCUCAAGCUCACGACAGAACUGGCGAGACGUCACUGCAGAACAACGACAAAGCCGCACCUUCAUCUGCCCAGCCAGGCUAUUCACCAACCGAUGUCGGUACGAAUCAGGACGUCCAAGAAGUGUCAAAGGAACCCGGCGAGCCCAGGCAACUCCGUAAAUUACCGAAGAGGGCGCUUGCUGAGAAGGGCAAAAACUUACCCCCAUGUCCCGUGGCACCGGUACUAAGUCAGGAGGAGAUUGACGCUGCUCGUUUCGCUGCGCAGAUCAAAGAACAUGUUGAGAGGUACCCUAAUUCGGCGUUCAUGGACUGUUGGAAGAAGGCUUCCGGGAAGCAAGACGCAGACGCUGCUAACCCUUCAGGUUCGUCAUCUGUGCAUGCCGAUGGUGCUAGUGAGAGUAGGGCAUCCACAGUCGACCCCAACGUGGAACAAGAACGGCCAACUACCCCUGCCUCGUCGAACGACACUACCAGAUCUGUUAACCACGUCAACGGUGAUGCCUGUGCCAGCGGCUCGAACGUAAUACCACCAACGGAACCCACCCCUCUUGAACCAUCUUCGUCUGGUCUUUCACACUCUGAACCUUCUAAUGACGACACGAACAGCGCUCAAGUCACUGAGGGAGGUGCGCAGGAGACCAAGGACCAGUCGGAGAGGAAUACGAGGUCACUGCAGGACGACGACAUUUCUGCACCUCCAUCUGCCCAGCAAGACUCUCUGCUACCAACCGAUGUCGGUACAAGUCAGAACGUUCAAGAAGAGUCAAAAAAUCCCGAGCUCAUCAUCGCAUUGAAGAAGAGGCCGCUUGAUAGUCUCGAGGAGCUAGUGGAGGAGUCCGAGAACCUGAUAGACAUCGCUAAGGCCCUAGCGGACAGGGCCAAGCACCUAGGGUCACUCCCAUAUCCCAUGCGACCGCAGGAACCAAGAACAGAACGGCCGGACACCCCUGCCUCGCUGAACCACACUAUCAAACCUGUGAACCCGGUCGACGGCGAUGCCUGUGCCAACGGCUCUAACAUGCUUGAUGGAAGGGAGGAAGCACAUGCUACAACCACGGAACCCGCCUCUCUUGUCCCAUCUACGUCCAGUCUUUCUCGCUUUGGGCCAUCUGAUGACGGUGCGAACACUACUCACGUGAGUGAGGGAGGUGCGCCGGAGACCUCCCUGCCCAUGACUAGAAGCGAAGAGCAAAAGACCGCUGAUUCGCCCCCGCCCGUCACCUCGUCUACAAGUGUCUCUGACACGAAAUCAAGCUCAGAUGAUCAACCAACCGGCUCUCCUCAAGCUCACGACAGAACUGGCGAGACGUCACUGCAGAACGACGACAAAGCCGCACCUUCAUCUGCCCAGCCAGGCUCUUCGCCAACCGACGUCAAUACAAAUCAGAACGUUCAAGAAGAGUCAAAGGAACCCGGCGAAACCAGGCAAAUCCGCAAAUUACCGAAGAGGGCGCUUGCUGAGAAGGGCAAAAACUUACCCCCAUGUCCCGUGGCACCGGUACUAAGUCAGGAGGAGAUUGACGCUGCUCGUUUCGCUGCGCAGAUCAAAGAACAUGUUGAGAGGUACCCUAAUUCGGCGUUCAUGGACUGUUGGAAGAAGGCUUCCGGGAAGCAAGACGCAGACGCUGCUAACCCUUCAGGUUCGUCAUCUGUGCAUGCCGAUGGUGCUAGUGAGAGUAGGGCACCCACAGUCGAUCGCAACGUGGAGCAAGAACGGCUGGUCACCCCUGCCUUGUCGAACAACACUACCAGAUCUGUUAACCACGUCAACGGCAAUGCCUGUGCCAGCGGCUCGAACGUACUAAUUGAUGGAACGGAAAAAGAGUGCGAUACAGGCGCUGGGUUACCACCAACGGAACCCACCUCUCUCGAACCAUCUUCGUUCGGUCUUUCUCACUCUGAACCCUCUGAUGACGACAAGUCUGCACCUUCCUCUGCCCAACAAGACUCCGCACCGACCGAUGGCGCUACGAACCAGGACGUUCAAAAGCUCAAGAAAUUAUUGAAGAAACAGCGCCAGAAGGCCAAGAGGAUGUCGACAAUCUUGCCUUCCGUACCACAGGCGGGACCAAGUGCGGAAGUUAGGCCUGCUGCCUUGGCUGCGCAGACCGUUGGGGAAGGAUUCGCCGCCAUGUCGGAAAAGAGAGCCGGGAAACAAAAGGCAACCACUUUCCCCGCUUAAGUUCCUCCGCUUAUCAUCGCCGUCUCUUCCAACUCGAACUCCGGUCUGGCGCUACCACUGCCGUAGAACAUCCACGAUCCAUGCUCGGGUUCAUCUCUCCCAUACCUUCUCCUUCGUACUCCGCCCCGCCAUCGUCAUCAGCCGGGUCUCAUCGGCUCAUACACCUAUCACAACACGGUCGUCCUCAGCCUGGCCUCAUACGUCGCCUUCUUUCGCUUCCAGCAUCAGUCCUCCUAAUGCACGAGUUAUAGGGUUGUCGAAAGUCCGUCUAUGACAGCCGAGGGUAACGACUCUGUGGAUGUCUCAUUUUCUGCUUCUCUGUUUAUAAUGCGCGCUCUCGCUCUCAAUUCUCCCUCAACGAACAUAUAUUCACACUAUCCAAUUGCUAUGCAUAUGCUUUCCAUUUUUCUUUUCACAUUUCCC